UGACGUUUCCCCUUUCCCGUUGCAGUAAACGAGGCUGUGGCCACGCCCCCACCCGGAGAUAGGCCGUUUCUCGUCGCGCGGUGAUGACGUCCCCGUUAGCAACGGAGGACGCGGCCCCGGAGGACGCGGCCCGGCCGUGGCCGCCGCCCGCGGGUGCCUACGCGGAGGAGCGGGGGCUCUUCCAGCUCCUGCAGAACAUGCUUGAAGAGCUAUUAAUUCAUAAGCCAGAUGAUCCCAUUGAGUUCAUGAUAAACCACUUAAAGCAAAACAAUGAUGAUGCUCCAAGAAUUUGUGUCCUUGGUCCACCUGCUUCUGGGAAAACUACAGUUGCAAUGUGGCUUUGUAAACAUUUCAAUGCCAUACGUGUCUCUCAGGAGACUUUGUUAUUCAAGGAAGCAUUAAGGCAGACAGAGGAAGCAAAGGCAUAUAAAGAAAGAAACCAGAAAAUUCCCAACGCGCUUUGGGCCAAUCUGAUCCAGGAACGUCUGUCAAACGUGGACUGCAUCAAACAAGGAUGGAUUUUGGAAGGCUUCCCUGAAAAUCAGGAGCAGGCAUGGAUGCUGCAAUCAUCUGGCAUUUUUCCUAGGCAUGUUGUUAUGCUCUAUGCCCCAGACACUGUGCUGAUUGAGAGGAGUGGUGGGAAAAGGCUUGAUCCCCUCACACAAGAGGUUUUCCACACAACCUUUGACUGGCCAAGUGACCCCCUGGUGCAGCUGAGGUUGGUGAAACCAGAAGAUUUCUCUGAGCAGGAGGUGUCCAAGAAGCUGCUGGAAUAUCACAGAAACUUCCCUGAGAUUUUCCACAUCUACCAGAAGGUUCUGAAAUCCAUCAAUGCAGACCAGCCCUGUGUGGAUGUUCUCUCCCAGGUUCUUGCCUUUGUCCAAAGCCGGCCCAGAUCUGCUGCCCCCUUCACACCCCGGAUUCUCUUCCUUGGCCCCCCAGGCAGUGGGAAGAGCCUGCAGGCUGCACUAAUAGCUCAGAAAUAUGAUGUUGUCAACAUUUGCUGUGGGCAACUGCUAAAGGAAGCUGUUGCAGACAACACAAAACUUGGAGAACUCGUUAAGCCUUACAUUGACAGUGAAUACCCAGUGCCAGACAACCUUGUCCUGAAGCUGCUGACAGAACGCCUGAGCGCCCUGGACUGCCUGAGCAAUGGCUGGGUGCUCUCUGGCUUCCCCAGGAAUGUGGAGCAGGGGGAGCAGCUGCAGAAAGCUCAGAUUAACCCCAACAGGGUGUUCUUCUUCAAUCUGCCCUACGAGUCCAUCAUGGAGCGCCUGGCCCAGCGGAGGACUGAUCCUGUCACGGGGGAGAGAUACCACACCACAUUCAGACCAGCUCCCACUCCAGAGAUCCAGGCCAGGCUCAGACAGAACCCCAAGGACGAGGAAGAAAAUAUUGAGAAGCGCCUGAACAUCUAUUACAGCAAUGUCAAGGGCCUGGAGGACUUUUACCAAGAUGCCUUUUAUGUCAAUGCUGACCAAGACCCUUAUGUUAUCUUUGAGUUCAUAGAAAGCUGUAUCAUUAAGCCCCUUCCAUGUAAAAAACAUUAGAAGUUUAUAAUUUAAAGGGAGGAUUUGUGGAAGAGUUGAUUUUAAAUUUUUCCCUGCAAUAUUUGCAGUCUGGUUGCUGAAGUGGCAGGUAAUCAUCAGCAGGGAGGGGGAAUUCAGCCAAGCUGUGCUAAAUCUGAAGCUCACCAAGGCUGAGUGAAGUUCAGAGGGUAAGAAAUUGGGCUUCAAGGGGAAGUUUUUUGGCUUUUGUUUCAUGAUGCAAGAUAGGAAACACUGUGGCUGAGGAAAUCCUGUGUUUAAUUUGAAUAUUUUUUCUGUUUCUGAAUAGUAGUUUUGUCUUCACUGUGUAAGACCCAUGAAGCCAAUUUGGAGUAUUAAAGCUGUUAGAGGAGUUUGUGUCUUAAUUCUCCACCAAAGCCACCCAGGCACUGUCCCUGCAAGCAAACCCUAAAGCAAAGAGGAAAACAAAACUCCCAGCUCUGCAGUGAACUUUCUCCACAGUGUUUGAGGUCGGGGGCAAAGGUUUUAACUCCCCUGUUAACUCAGAUUGUUUAAAAAGUGCUGACAAACCCUCUGCAGAUGCAGUGGCCACCCCCAUUCUGCAGGGCAGGAUACCCAGAGCCAUGGGAAACUGAUUGCAGCUCCAUCACUUGCAGAACCCAAUCAAGGACAUAACGAGCUGCAGGAGCAGGUGGGUCCCUAAAUUCUCUUUUCCUGGGCUAACAGCUCCCAGCCUGUGGCUGCUGUGCCUGAGCUGUGCCUGGGCAUGUUGGUGCCCAGAGUUUCUUUUUUGUUUCCUUCUCUGGCUGGGUAUGGCAGCAAUGAAAAGUUUUUACCUGGAAAAUCUCUGCUGAAAGCCUGCUGGCUGUCUCAGACUCUGGCUGGGGAAAUGCACAUCCUUAAGGGGAGUGAUCUGUGCUGUGGUAGAGAACUAGGUUGGAUGCCUCUGUUCUGUUUCUUCCCUGUGUGUUUGUGAAUUCCCCCUGCCAGGGCAUGGAAAGGAGCUUCAGGUUCCUCCUGAAAUCCUCAGGGAAGGUGCAGGCAGAGAGAAGAAGCUUUUGGCUUUAGGUGACUCCUCUGCUCCUGUUGCUGUCAAGAUUUGAGUCUCUGUUGUUGUCUUUGGCAGUGAGUGUCUAGAUCUAUGUGGAGAAAUGAAAAAUGUACAGGCCAAAUUUCCUUCUUGCUCAUGUAGAGUGACUUCAGGUGGAAAGACCCAGUUGUCCAGGUGGCAAUGGGGAUAUUGUGUGAGAAUUUAAAGUCAGGACCUUCGAUACUUUUGGGAGGGGAGGGCUGUUGAUGGAUGGGAAUUGGACUCUCUGGCCUUGAAGGCAGCUCUGAAAGUCUCAGAAUAAAUAUCUAAGAAAGCUAAA